AUGGUGCAGCGCAUUCCGCUGCCUGGAGAUUCAGCUGAGCUCCAGGUGAUCUAUGGUUCGAACCCGACCUCUGCUUCUGGGCUUCCCCUGUCUAGGCUUGGGCAACCUGGCAGUAUCCCAGCCUUCGUGCUCCCUUCUGGUGGCAUGGCAGAUCAAGCUUACAUGCGUAUAAAGUAUACUGGGUUGUUGAGAAAUACACUCGUUUGCAAAACCUUGAACCCAGGUGAAUCUCUCGUUUAUGAUGUUUCCAGGCCACUGAAAGUGCCGCACCAGACCGCCUCAUGUUUCAGUCGCUACGAUAUUCAAGAUAUCGCGACACAUGUAUAUUCACAAGGUUGCCGAAAAUCCUUCAGCAGCCCACGACCACUUUGCCAUUCUUGGGGUCCGUCAAGUAAGCGCAGUCCCCGAGUUUUCGUCAACUCAUGUUCUACUUGCAACGGAAACAUGAGGUGGCCUGGUGCAGCCUAUCAGUUGCCUGGAAACAUUACAAACCAGAGAUUCAUCUGGGUUCCAGUUGAAGGAUAUCAUCAAAACGAGAGAUUCCGCUGUAAUGCUGUUGAGUCCUCAGCUGAAACCAAUAUCGUUCGCAAAUAA